GACUGUUGGAGCGAAAUGGGCAAUGAUUGUCGGUAUUAACUUGAUUCGAGGAACGCCAUCUGGUUCGGUGUGUCACCUAUCUUCGGUUCUAUUCGUCGAACUUCGUUAUGAGAGAAAUUGUAAUGACUAAUACCUGUGCGAUCUGUCCUGGAAGAACAUUUUUCUUUCCAUUGUAAAUCGUUUCGCUCGCAACGGAUCUAGAUCACACGGAAUUUUGUACAUUCACCCGUCUUGUCUGGGUGCUUUUUAUAUGUAUUUUAUAAGUCGUACUUAUUCAAUAGCUGUGAUAACGACAUAAGUCAUCUGCGUCACUGGCUGCGUUCUUCAUUAUUUGUAGAUUUGUUUUGAAUCGUGAUAUGGCUGCGAUGAAACAAACGUUUCAUUAAUUCAGUAAGUUCGAGGAGUGUCUUUGUCAUAAUUCACAUUGUAAAGCAGGAGAACACUGUAAACAUCCGAGCAUUGCUAUCAGAAAACGUUGAUAACAACGACGGUGUUACGAUCUGUCGAGAUGUAGAAUGUUAUGAUGUUUUUUGUAACAAUAUGUACGGUUGAAUUACAUUUUCUGGACAGGAAUGGUAGCUGCUGGAGCUACAGUUUUAAUGGCAGCCAGCGGAGAGAGCUCUUCGAAUGGAACAGAGAAUAAUAGUACACAAUAUGAGAAUCAAAAUGUUUGUUCCCACAAUGAAACACAGAACAAACAAAGUGCAGAGUGUGCAGUUAAAAAGAGUAUGACACCUUGUGCUAUGAAUAAGAAUAAGACUCGUACCUCCAUGUUGGAAAAAAACAGUCGUUUAAUUUCAAGAUCAGAGAGUAAAGAGAGUGGUAAGAUUCUUUCAUUGCAUAAAACAACACCAAUUCGUGAGACUAAAGCUUCCAGAUUGAGAGCUGCCUCCAUUAUAUCCCCUAAUGGUGGAACAUUGAUUUCAAGGAGAUUAGGUAUGUCUGAAACAUCUGCUCCUUUAGGUCUCCAACCUAGGACCAGUACAUCUAUGAAGGAUGAAAAUUCAAUAUUAGGUAACAGUAGCGCUAUAAAUCCUGUAAGAAAAAGGGACAAGAGCUACAAGAGAAAAUCGUAUUUAAAUCAGUCGCAUAGCAUGGAAACAACAACAACAGGAGAUCGUUUAACUCAGUCUGACUGUAAUGAUAGACGAACCAGAAGACAAUCAACUAAGCAAAAUUACAUAUCCGAUACAAUAUCUACUUCGAAUUCUAGUAAUCAACGUCAGCUAUCGACUAAUUUAAGUAAAAAGCUGGUUGAGUUGAAAACGGCUUAUCCGAAAGUUAGUACUCAAUAUGUUACAAAUCAUCCAAAAACCUCUACAACGCCUUCUGUUAAUCCUCUUGCAAGCACUAAAUAUUCAAAUAUACAACGAACUAGUAGCGGCGGCCAUAGUGAUUCAGAGGUUUCACGAAAGGUCGAUGCGUUAACAGCGUUGACGAAGUCUACGAUAGAACGCGUCGAGAGACUCACGUCACAAGCAAACUUGUCUUCAAAUUAUGGACCACAAUUGGAAAAUCAAUCUAGCACAUCGUCGCAGGCGAACUCCAGUAGUAAUACAGAAAGUAAUACGAACAACGUACACAUCUCGCAAUCAUCGCCAAGGAAAUGUUCUAUUUUAAAGAAAUCGAAUGACGAGCACACCCAGGAUGGACCCAUCAAUCACCCGCAUACACCGGUUUCGAUUUUGAAACAUAAGAUGUUCGACAGCGAGGGGAUUCAAGCUUUAUCAAGCCUCACUCACGCAGUAUUGCCACCGGUAACGUUCUCGCCGUCUGUGGUAGAGCCUACUCACAAAAGGCACGGUAUCUUGAAGAAGCGCAGUAGUUUGGAUGAAAGUGAAAUUCUUCGGCGCCGUAGUUGUUCACCGGACAUCUCUUUCACCGAUAAUCCUUACUCCGAGUUCAGGCCGAUUCUGAAGAAUCAGAGGCGAUCGUCCUUGGACGAGAUCAUCAAGAGAGACCAGAGCCUUGAUUCUCAGCCUACCUCCAUAUUAAAAAGGAAAUCGUCCCGGGAAGACGACAGAGAGGACCGGCAAGUUGGUUCUUCGGAGCCACAGGGUAUACUCAAAAGGAAAUCUACAAAUAGCCUACGUACAAAUAAUGUUAAUCACCACGUGACCAUUACAACGGAUGCAACAAGUGCGACCGGUCCGGAAAUACUUGAUAGCUCCGAGGUGAGGCCGAUACUGAAGAAAAAGCACAGUAGAGAGGAAUCGUUUGGUAGCGAUCCACCGUCUCUAGAGCCACGGCCGAUACUGAAAAAGAAGUCAAGUACCGAGUCGGACGAGCAUGAUGACAAACCGAAAAAGACUAUUUUGAAGUGUUCACGAAAGAAUUCGCAAGACGAUUGCGCUUACGAGACAGAGUUAACGUCGCCGAAGAAACUGUCUAUGCUUAGAAACCGUUCAAUACAAGGUAGAACGUCCGCUGCCACGGAGAACGAUUCUUCUGUGCGACCUAUAUUGAAACAAUCGGGCAGCAAAGACAACGAAUCACGAGUCCGUUUGAACUUGCACGACGAAACUGCCGUCUCCGAUGAGGCGUGCAACGAACCAGCCGAUUUAUUUUUACGAAAAAGGGCACAAUCCGUGGGCCAUGUACAGCCUUCUACUAUUCCUAACGAAUUCACCGGUGUACUUAAUAAACGACGAUCGCUCGAGUUAACGUCCAUGAGCGACGUGUUACAAGAUAAGUUACAAACAAGAUUAACGACCAAUAGUAACUAUUUAAAGACAGACCUUUUCCUGGGUAGCGAGAGUGCCAAUGUGUCUGCUAUUUUUUCUGACACGUUAAGCAGCACUGCAAAAGAAAAGUCUGUGGAGAAGGAGAAACAGUCUGUGUUAGUACUUGAAGCAGAGACAGGGGAUCAAGUAACCGUAUAUGAACCUCCUGUAAAUAAUAGUGUGGAGAAAAGUGCUACACUCUCUACCAAAAUGACUGACAGCAAGGAACGCAUGAACAACGAAGUGUUGACUUUGCAGAGGAAGCAAGACGACGUUGAUUUUCAAGAGAGCAACGGCGUGCAUCGCAGUAACAGUGUUUCUAAGAUGGCACAGCAUUUCAAAGCGUUGCAAGAGAAAGCAAAUUGUAAAGAGAAGGAGAAUUUAUCUCAGAGGACACCGAGUAAGGGUUCACGUGGGAUACAGCGAUAUAGAGAUCGUAAACUUCAGGGGAACGAUAGGUUCAGCACCCAACCGGUAACUUUUCAAGAAGUGCAGGAAGCAGUUCUACAGAAUCAACGUAACUCGAAUAUAAAGUCAAGCACGACGGAUGCGAACGUCGACGAUGAAUAUGAUCCUUCUAAAUUAAGUCUGGCGGAACGAGUGCGCCUUUUUAAUCAAAAAAUUGAUCCCGAGACGACCGUAGAGUUUGAUAAAAUGUCAACGGACCGACAUUCUCGAAGACGACCAGCUACUCGCUAUAAAACACAACCGGUUACUUCUGAGGAGGUCGAAGUAGCAUCUCGAAUAUCUCCUUUAAAUUCUAUUCACCAAUGUUCACUAGAUAACAAUGUUACUCCAGAGCUCUGUGAACUAAUGAGUGUUUCUCAGGUUGAUUUACCAAAAAGUACUUUAAAACCGCAGAGCGCGUUUAGAACUAAGAGCCCCGAGCUCGAGGGUUUGAAGUUAAUAAAAUCUGUACUUAAAAAAGAGUCCGCGGAGCAUGAACAGCAGACGCUUGAAAAUUCUGAUUCCACGCGCAUUUCGUUGAAGACUAAACUGGAAGAAAAAACAACAAGAAAUGAGAGGGAAAGUAAUUAUGGUACACAGUAUAAUUGGGACAGUGGCCACAAUACGGAAGGUAGGCAAUCUGACCCUAAACGAACCGUCGUGCCUUUCCAGAAGAAUGGUAAUCAGGACGAACUAAAUAGAAUAAGAAUGAAAUCCGCGUUAGAUGACAUAAGUAAUGUUCGAACUGACAUCUCUGCAUCCAAAAAAGAUGAGAGAACUUCUCAAACGGCAGACAACGAGGAGAUUUCCUCCUCGGGAGAUUAUAACAGCAACAUAAAAAACGAAGGUGUACUUCGUCAAUCUAUUUUUUCAAAACAAACUAGGUACGCUUCGUUGUUGAAGAGCGCCAGUCACCACUCGAUUAGCAACAAAAAGCCUGAAACUGAAAUGUCCAGUGGAACUGUAUCAAAACAACAUGGCAUAGCGUUGCCAGGAUUAUGUCGCAGUGCGACACAGGCAAUCCCAUCAGUAGAUACCAGCGAUGGUCCGAGUAUGAGUAUCGCAGACCGAUUGGCUGCCCUUCAACGAAGUGGCAAUACAAAUUGGAAACGGCGCAUAGCGUCGGAAUCAGCUAUCUCAUUGGAUGGAUCGGGUUCAUCGCCCAAAGAAGAACUGAGUAUCAAGCAAGGUGUUUUAGCUGAUUGUCUUGGUAAGUUAGAAUCUGCCACAGAAGGAUGGAAAAAGAGGGUAGCCACGUCCGACGCGAUGAAAUUCACAGUAGCUGGAAGAAUGAAGGUAGAACUACCAGAGAAACUAGAAACUGGUCCACGUUCACCACUCGUCGAAGUUACUAUAGAUAGGAAAAAGAAGACACCGCGGCCAGAACGAUUCAGGGCCAAAAGGGGAUACACAAAAGAUGCGAUGUCUACACCGACCAGUCCAAGUAAGGAUUCGUACAGUAAAUUGCGGAUAAGCUUCUCGGAACCUACAAGCGAUGACAGUGGAGAAGAAAAUAAAUCCGAGAAACAUAUGUCACCGACUGUAUCGAUACCCAAGAUAGACGAUGAAACGUUCACCUCUUUUUAUACUGGAAUCUCUUUGGAUAGAUGCGAAGCUGAAUCUGUCGACCUAAAUGAGAGCGAUUUUGAUAUCAUCACAUCGCAAUCGGAAUUACUAGUCCAGAGGCGCAAUAUACGAUUGCAACGGCGACGCGUUAUAUCCAGAAAUCCUCUAAGAGCGCUGGCAGCGAGAACUGAUCUAAGAUCGGAAUAUACUGAGGUACGAACUGGUAUUGCGGAGAAAGUAAUGAGGCAAUUAAAUGUCGAAAAAUUGGCUAAAAAUUCAUCUUUGGCCAUGGAAGCUCUAGCUGGUCUGGCAUCCACCGAAGAUUUUAGUAAUGUUACAUUGAGGAACGUUGCAGAGUCGAACGUAUCGACGAACAAGUUACAACCAUACAAAGAUUUAAUGUUGAUUUUGAUCAAAGGAAGACGUCACGUGCAAGUAAAAUUAAUCGAACCGAUUGCAGAGAACAUUAACAGCGGUGACAAUUUUGUACUAGUGACAAAAACAGAAGUAUAUAAUUACAUUGGGAAGUACUGCAACGUUAUCGAAAAGGUUCGCGGUGCAAAAAUUGCCAUGACCAUUCAGCAGAACAAAGAUCUUGGCACUCAGGCGUCCCAAGUGAUCACUAUUAACGAAGAUAAGGUAACGUGUACGAAAAGUCAGCUGCAGAAGUUCUGGAAUUAUCUUGGCGCCGAGAAUGAAAACGUAGAUGUUUUCGAUGCUGGUCACCCCGACGAAGAUGAGCUUUACGAGACAGCUAUGAUACAUACGAACAUGAUCUAUGAGAUCAAAGAUGAAGAACUGGUGCCUCUUGAGAAGUAUUGGGGUGCUAUACCAAAAAUUGAAAUGCUCGACCCAAACAAGGUUCUAGUAUUUGAUUUUGGUAGCGAAAUGUACAUAUGGAGCGGGAAGGUGGCAUCCGUCGAUAAGAAGAAAAUUGCAACGAAUCUCGCCACAGAAAUGUGGAAGGAGGGUUACGAUUAUACUGAAUGCGACGUAUGUCCAAUUAAUGCUGCGUCUAUGAUCGGUAGACGUACCGUCUCUCAGGUAGAAUCUAAAUCCGCCGAAAACAGACCUAAAUGGUGCUUGCUCGCCAAGUUGACGCAACACGUAGAAACGAUACUCUUCAGAGAGAAAUUCCUCGAUUGGCCACAUGCCUCAGGAAUUAUACGAGUUCGCGGCGAAACGAGCAAAGAACAAGUCGAUGGAACUAUAAUUAUAGAACCGUGCAAUAUUGAUAAUUUAUUAGAGGAAAAUACCACGCCCGUUGACUUAGCUCUCGAAGGGAGCCAUUUGGGUAGAGGGACUGGUUGGUAUGAUGACGAGUUGAAAAAACAGUAUGUCGUUACUACAACGAGCGUGAAAGUAUGGCACAUUGAUGAAUUUUCCCAUACCCUUUUGGAUGAUUCGUCUGUUGGUCAAUUUUACUCUGGAGAUAGUUAUAUUGUACAUUGGAUGUAUUCAGUUACUAUUACUGGUCGCGGGUUAAGUGGUAUGCCUUCGAAGCAUUCGGCAAAGGGUCGUGAUCGCUCUGUCUACUUCAUGUGGCAAGGACAAAGCGCGUCCUUGAACGAACAAGGUGCAGCAGCGCUACUAACUAUCCAAUUAGAUAGCGAUCAAGCACCUCAGCUUCGUGUAGUUCAAGGACACGAGCCAGCCGCAUUUCUUAAUUUAUUCUCAGGCGGAAUGAUUGUACAUUCUGGUAAAAAGAAUGAUAAGAAGGAUGAAAGGUGGCGAUUGUACAUAUGUCGAGGUACCUUAGAGUCAGAGGUGUCUUUGAUAGAGAUUCCUUGUAGCACUCGUCAAUUAAGGAGCAGAGGUUCUCUUUUAUUACUAGACUCCAAAAACGAUAAAAUUUAUGUGUGGCAUGGAUCUAAUGCGUUACUUCAUAUUAAAAAGAAUGCGAUCAGUGUGGCAAAAAAAAUACAAGAAAAUCGACCUCAGGAAACCCACUUCUCGUCCGAAGGUGAUAUAGAAAUUAUAGAAAUUAAUGAAGGAAUUGAACCGGAGGAAUUCUUUAAUGCAUUAGGAGGAAUGAAUAAAUCAUUGUACGUAUCGUUGGAGAAAGAUCAAUUGCAGGAACAUACUCCAAGACUGUUCCAUUUAUCAAGUAUUUCUAAAGAAUUUAAACCUGCAGAGAUACUAUGUCCUCAUCGCGCUUCUUUGACAACGCCGUUCCCUUUUCUACAAGAGGAUUUGUAUCAAGUAAAUCAACCAGCACUAUUUUUAUUGGAUAACAUAAAUGAAUUGUGGAUAUGGCAAGGCUGGUGGCCUGACACUGGAGCAGAAGAUCAAACUGGAAGUAAAGCAGUCAGAUGGCAGGCAGAAAGACGAGCUGCCAUGACAACGGCUAUGCAAUAUUGGCAAAACUUGCAUCCAGAAACUACGAAGUAUCCAAUUUAUCUAGUCUGGGCUGGCCUUGAACCAUUGCGGUUUAUCAAUUUAUUCCCUACGUGGACAUAUCGGGAUGAUAUCGCAGAAAUAAACAUAGAGGAUGGUCGCAAUCCCGGAGAAGUAUUGUCAGUGGAAAACGAGUUAGCUCGACUAACUAAAAGCACUUAUCCCCCCGCUCAAUUAUUGCAACGACCCUUACCAGAAGGAGUGGAUCCUACACACCUGGAAUUGUAUUUAUCUCAACAACACUUUGAAGAGCUACUAGGAAUGAGCAAAGAAGAAUUUCAAGAUCUUCCAGUUUGGAAACAAGUGAAUCUCAAAAAAGAAAUCGGGCUUUUCUGAUGAAACGCCCCUACUGCCGAUCCUACGAGUAAUAGCUGCCCCUGUAAAGCGUUUAAUAAAGUUUUUGUUAAUUGUUUUACGAUGUUUAUAACAUUAAAAUUUUUUAACUUCUCAAUAUAUAUAUAUAUAUGAAUUCGCGUUUAAAAAAAUACGUCUAAAGUUGCCUAUCAACCGAAGGAGAACUAAUAUUAUAAUGCAGUUGAAGAUGUUUACUAUUGUCUCAAAUAUAAUAUAUACUAUACUUAUACAUACGUAUAUAUAUACAUAUAUAUAUAUAUAAAUAUAGAUAGGUGAUUAUAUAUUUUUAAUACAUAUUAAACAUAAAUUGGCUUGUGAAUAUUUCCUUUAUAUUUGUAUGGGCUUUAUAUUCAUUGAUAAUACAAUAUGUUUUAGAAUGGCUUAUUCUUACAUGUGUAACAUUUGUACAAGAGCGACUGUAUUCUUUACAACAUACUCUGUGUUUUUGAACAGUAUUCAAUGAAAUUUCUCAAUGUU